AUGGCUUCAUCCAACGGCUCUUCUGCCAACAACGGCGGCGGCUGGACGCCGUGGCAGAACAAGCUGUUCGAGAACGCCGUCGCCAUGUUCGACAGGGACACUCCCGACAGGUGGCACAACGUCGCCAGGGCCGUCGGCGGCGGGAAAACCGUCGACGACGUCCAGCGCCACUACGACGACCUGGUGGAGGACGUCCGCCGGAUCGAGUCCGGCCGCGUCCCUCUCCCCAAUUACCGGAAACCGCCACGUCACCCGGGCUCCCCCGCUGGUGCAAGGUCCGCCGUCUCUGAAUCUCCCGUCGCUAAAAGUCAUCGCUUCAGAGAUGACGCACAAAGGCCGGUGGGGUCUGAAGAUUCAGUGAAUUGGACGCCCAAAAUGAAUUAGUGACGAAGAUUAACUUAAGAUGACGGAGACGUCGUUGCAAAAAAGAUGCUUUGUGGAAUUUAGUUAGGAGGGGAAUUAGUUUUUUUUUUUUUAAUAUACAGCAGGGAAAUGGAGUUAGUCCAAUACAGAUGUUUUAGCCAUU